AUGAAGGAGCUCAGUGAUGGUAAGGACGGACGUGUGAUGAGGGAGGUCAGUGAUGGUAAGGACGGACGUGUGAUGAGGGAGGUCAGUGAUGGUAAGGACGGACGUGUAAUGAGGGACCUCAGUGAUGGUAAGGACGGACGUGUGAUGAGGGAGGUCAGUGAUGGUAAGGACAGACGUAUGAUGAGGGAGGUCAGUGAUGGUAAGGACAGACGUAUGAUGAGGGAGCUCAGUGAUGGUAAGGACGGACGUGUAAUGAGGGAGGUCAGUGAUGGUAAGGACGGACGUGUGAUGAAGGAGCUCAGUGAUGGUAAGUGCGGACGUGUGAUGAAGGAGCUCAGUGAUGGUAAGGACGGACGUGUGAUGAGGGAGCUCAGUGAUGGUAAGGACGGACGUGUGAUGAGGGAGGUCAGUGAUGAUAAGUGCGGACGUGUGAUGAGGGAGCUCAGUGAUGGUAAGGACGGACGUGUGAUGAGGGAGCUCAGUGAUGAUAAGUGCGGACGUGUGAUGAGGGAGCUCAGUGAUGGUAAGGACGGACGUGUGAUGAAGGACGUCAGUGAUGGUAAGGACAGACGUGUGAUGAGGGAGCUCAGUGAUGGUAAGGACGGACGUGUGAUGAGGGAGGUCAGUGAUGGUAAGGACGGACGUGUGAUGAGGGAGGUCAGUGAUGGUAAGGACGGACGUGUGAUGAGGGAGCUCAGUGAUGGCAAGGACGGACGUAUGAUGAGGGAGCUCAGUGAUGGUAAGGACGGACGUGUGAUGAGGGAGCUCAGUGAUGGUAAGGACGGACGUGUGAUGAGGGAGCUCAGUGAUGGUAAGGACAGACGUGUGAUGAGGGAGGUCAGUGAUGGUAAGGACGGACGUGUGAUGAGGGAGCUCAGUGAUGGUAAGGACGGACGUGUGAUGAGGGAGGUCAGUGAUGGUGAGGAUAGACGUGUGGUGAGGGAGCUCAGUGAUGGUAAGGACGGACGUGUGAUGAGGGAGCUCAGUGAUGGUAAGGACGGACGUGUGAUGAGGGAGGUCAGUGAUGGUAAGGACAGACGUGUGGUGAGGGAGGUCAGUGAUGGUAAGGACGGACGUGUAAUGAGGGAGCUCAGUGAUGGUAAGGACGGAUGUGUGGUGAGGUAG